GCAGCAGCGGCGAGAGUCAAUCGAAAUUCUGUUGUCAAAGCGUGCGGUUCGUUCGGUCUCGCCCGCGUGAAGAGCAAUCGAAAGCCACAAGGCAAGAAGCAGAAGGAGGCGCAGGAGACAGUCGCCACUUGGAGCGACCAGUUCCAAAAAAUCUGACAAACUAUAGGCACUCAUAGCCAUAGACAUAGGCAUAGACGUGAAUAUAGAAAAUAGUCUACGCAGAUAGUGCGGUGCGGCCAGUGGCACUUUAUUUAUAAAUCCUCUAUAUUUUUGGAUCAAACUUGGGGCGAAAGCAAAAGUGUUAAGAAUUCGGUCCCGUCUCGGUUUUGUGUGUGCUGCGUGUCCGUGUGAAAAUGCCGUUGGCAAAAUUGUGAAAUCCUCUCGAGUAAAAAUCCAAUAUAGCACUUAAUCCAUAAACACAUAAAUCCCGAAACAAUGAUGUACUUAAGCAACAAACUGUGUUCCUGGCUGCUGCUGGUGGUGUGCUGCAGCUCCAUCCUGGUCAGCGGACAGUACGAACACUAUCUGGACAGCCUGCGCUCCAAUGAGCUGUACGAGUUCGUCGACGACGGCUCCUCGGGCAGCAUCCAGUUCCUGCCCAAGGGCGACAGCGAACGCACCCUCCUGCAACUGGAGCAGCCCAUCAGCUUCUAUGGCGAGCAGUACGAGCAGCUCUAUAUCAAUACCAAUGGAAUCCUCACGUUCAACGUGGAAUUCCCCGAGUACUUGAACCAGCCUUUCCCACUCGAGUACCCCUCGAUAGCCGCCUUCUACUCGAACGUGGACACAUCAAACAGCGGGGAUGAGACCUCCGUCUCCAUAUUCCAGACCAAGGACCCUGCCACCCUGGACAGAGCCUCGCAGCUGGUGCGCUACGCCUUCAGCGAACAGGCCGCGUUCGAGGCGGAACAGGUGGUUGUGGCCACUUGGCAGAACGUAGGCUACUUCGACUCCAAGACGGACAAAGUGAACACCUUCCAGGUGGCCCUGAUAGCCAAUGAGCAGCAGACCUUCGUGCAGUUCAUCUACCCGGAGGGCGGCCUCAACUGGCUCCAGGGCGAGUCGUUGGGCAAUGGACUGCCCGAUAUCCGAGCUCAGGCUGGAUUCGUGGCUGAGGACGGACGCUACUACAGCCUCAACGGAUCCGGAUCGGAGAAUGCCCGUUUCCUUAGCGAGAGCACCAACCUGGGAGUGUCCGGAGUCUGGCUGUUCGAGGUGGCUCCGGUGGCAGCACAGCAGAACGUACGGGCCCCCGACAACGCCGAGACGCGCACAGAGUCGCCUGCUUUGGCCCAGAGCUGCCACGCUCUUGGACAUCAGUGCCACGACAAGGCUCAAUGCCACGACAAGGCCGAGGGAUACUGCUGCGCCUGUGAGCCGGGCUUCUACGGAAACGGAAAGGCUUGUCUGGCCAACGACCUGCCCAUCCGGGUGACGGGCACGCUCUCGGGCGAGUUAAAUGGCCGUCCAGUCGACGAGCAGGCCAAGCUGCAAUCAUACGUUGUCACCACCGAUGCCAGGUCCUACACGACAAUCAAUCCGCUGAGCGUGGAGCAGGGAGCUCAGAUCCGCCUGAUCCUGCCGCUGCUCACGACCGUGCCCUGGCUUUUCGCCAAGUCGGUGAAUGGGGCCUCCAAUGGCUACCAGCUGACGGGCGGCGACUACGAGCACAUCUCGCGCAUCCAGUUCGAGUCGGGAGAGACGUUGCACGUGAACCAGACCUUCCAGGGCCUCAACUACUGGGACCAGCUGGCGGUAAAAAUCGAAAUCUACGGCGAGGUGCCGACCAUCCAGUCGGGCGCCACUCUCCACCUGCCCGACUACAUCGAUGAGUACCGCUUCGUACGGCCCGGAGAGCUGCAAUCGGUGCAGACGCACCAGCUUGAGCUGGUGGACGACCAGCGCGUCAUCAGCUUCCAGGUGGACCAGCGCAUCCUGUACCAGAGCUGUCUGCGCGACGACGAGGCGGACCCCUCCGACACCAGCGUCAUGCAGAAGGUAUCCAAGAUCGCCCUGGACUUUGUGGAGCGUGACCAGGCGCUGCGCAUAAGCGCCAUGAGCAAGAUAGGGGUGGACGCGGAGUCCAAUGCCUGCACGGACGGCACUGGCCAGUGCGUGGAGAACUCCGUGUGCGUGCCCUAUGAGGAUACCUACCGCUGCGACUGUCGCCACGGCUACGCGGCCCAGCUGGACGAGCGCGGCCUCGAGGUUUGUGUGGAUGUGGACGAGUGCGCCCUGGGUACCCAUGUGUGCGACGAGAACGCUCUGUGCGAGAACAACGAGGGCGGAUUCACCUGCUUCUGCUCCGAGGGAUAUCAGGGUAACGGCUACAGGUGCCUGUCCAACAGCAGUGACAGCACCGCCGACAACAUCGAGUACUCCACCCCAGCGAACCAGGUUGUCGACGAACCUAGCUCCGAAGCCGAUUCCGAUUCCGAGUCUGAUGCUAAUGCCAAUGCCAAUGCCAAUCCCGAUCCCAACCCCUAUCCCUACCCCUAUCCCAGUGAGGAGGAACAAGGGCCCACACAUUCGGAUGAGUGCUAUCGCUGCUCACCCGAUGCCGACUGCUACGAGGGGCGUUGCGCAUGUCGUGAAGGCUUCUCCGGCGAUGGGUACCAGUGCUCCAAUCUGUGCGGCCAUGACGAGGCCUGGGAGCACGGACGCUGCGUUCCCAUCCUGCUGGAGCUGGAGGUGGACCCGUCGUGCGAUUUUCUUGGCAACUGCCGCUGCCCGGAGGGCUACCUAAUCUCCGAAGAUGGUCAGAUUUGUCGCUAUACUCUGGAUGCCGAUUUGGAGAAGAAUGGAGACUUGGUUCCUUGCGAUGUGGACGCCAACUGCCAUAUCAAUGCCACUUGUGUCUGGUACGAGCACGAGCUGCGCCACAUCUGCACCUGCAACGCCGGCUUCAGCGGCGACGGCUACGCCUGUGAGCCCAUCGACGACUCCUGCGCUAUUAAACCCGAAAUCUGCGACGCCCAUGCCACGUGCAACUACAACGACCAACAGGGCAAGUCCGAGUGCGUGUGCGAGCGCCGCUACGAGGGCGAUGGAUACCGCUGCCAGCUGGCGCCGGAGUGCGAGUCCGCGGAGCACUGCGGGGAGAACGCCUUCUGUGACUCGGGCGUUUGCCAGUGCCAGGAGGACUACGAGCGGGAUGUGAGCGACAGGUGUGUGCCGGCCGGCCGUUGCGGGGCCGUCUUCUGUGGGUCCAACGCCAUCUGCAAAUGGGACUCGGUGCAGAGCGUCCAGUACUGCGACUGCCUCGAGGGCUAUCAGGGGGACGCACUGGCGGGGUGCCUGAGCAAACCCACGCCCUGCAAUGUGAGGAACACCUGCGGCAUCCAUGCCACCUGCGAGCCAACCGAGGAUCCUGCGAAUUAUGAGUGCCAGUGCAUCGCCGGCUACCACGGCGACGGCUACGUGUGCAUCGAGGAGCAGAACUGCCUCAACAACCCCACGCUCUGCGACAUGAACGCCAAGUGCCACUCGACCAACUCUGGCCUGGUCUGCGCGUGCAAUCAAGGUUUCUAUGGAAACGGCUCCACCUGCUUCGAGCGCCAGCAGCAUGACUCGGACUUCCUCAUCGUCAGCCAGGGAGUGGUCAUUGUCCGAGUACCUCUCAACGGACGAAAUGUCCUGCCCAUAUCGGUGGCCUCGAUGGCAAUCGGCCUGGACAAGGACUGCGUGGAGGGUCGCGUCUACUGGGGCGACAUCUCGGCCAAGAAGAUUGUGAGUGCCAAGUACGAUGGCACCGACGCCCGUCCCUUCAUUACCACUGAUAUCGAGUCUCCUGAGGGCAUUGCCAUAGAUGUCAUUUCUCGUCGCCUAUACUGGACUGACUCCGUAAAGGACACCAUUGAGGUGGCCAGCCUGGACGAUCCCACGCUGCGUGCGGUGGUUAUCAACAAGCAGCUGGUGAAUCCCCGCGGCAUUGCCGUGGAUCCCUACAGAGAGAAACUCUUCUGGUCGGACUGGGACCGCUCCUCGCCCAAGAUUGAGUUCUCGGACUUGGACGGCACUGGGCGGGAGCUGCUGCUGGGCCACGAUGCUGUCACCCUGCCGAAUUCUCUGGUAGUGCUGGAGAACACGGGCGAGCUGUGCUACGCCGAUGCCGGAAGCAAGAAAGUGGAGUGCAUCCAUCCCCAGAACCGCGAGACCCGCACCAUCUCCAACGAGCUGUCCUAUCCGUUUGGCCUCACCUUCACCCAUGAUCAGUUUUACUGGACCGACUGGACUACCAAAAAACUGGAGAGCGUGGAUGCCCUGGGUACCCGCCAGAAGCCAAUACAGACCCCGUUCUUUGGCAGCCACAAGAUGUACGGCAUGACGGUCGUGGAGCAGAACUGUCCGCAGUACCAGAGCCCCUGCCAGAUCAACAACGGCGGCUGCACAGACGCCCGGCUCUGUCUGGUGAACCGCAAGGCUCCUUCGGGCAAGAGCUGCAAGUGCACCAGCGCCUCCACCGGCUGCAGUCUGCAGCCAUCGCCCUAUCCCGGCUACUAAGUCAAUAUUCAACUAAAUUGACAUUAUUUUUCGAUACGUAUACAGAACCAAAAACACAAAGAAACAAUGAGUUAAGAAACGCUAACUAAAUUAAAUGUACUAACUAGGAAUGCCUGUGUGCCAUUUUAUGUAAAGCUACUCAAAACUUAAUAAAAUAAAAGUAAGCACCCGGCGUGGGUCUAGAGAUUAAACACAACUAAGAGCUAAGCUUUUGGCACUGCUUUUGAAGACCUGUAUCUAACAACUCUGUAAGUCACAUAACAAAUAGUCUGAUAUCCAAGUUUCACUGCUAGAUAUACAGGAUAUACAGGAAUACAACCUACUAUGUUCGGUUUAUUAUACAGCUCAGAACAUGAAAUGACUUCGUUCGCAAUACAAUAUUUCCAACUAUA